CGGCCCGGCCCGGCCCCCCCUCCCGGCGCAGAGGCAGGCCGGGGCGGGGGGCCCCCCCGGAGCCCGCGCGGCCUCGGCCCCGUCGGGGAGGCCCGGGAGCGGCCGGGGCGGGGGCGAUGCCGGGAGGCGGCGGCGGCGGCGGCGGAGGCGGCCCCGGCCGGGGCCCGUGACCAUGGGCAUCGCCGAGUCCACGCCGGACGAGCUGCCGUCGGACGCGGAGGAGCAGCUGCGCAGCGGCGAGCAGCAGCUGGAGCUGAGCGGGAGGCGGCUGCGGCGGCUGCCCAGCGCCGUGUGCGCGCUGAGCCGCCUGCAGAAGCUGUACGUGAGCGGCACGGGGCUGCGCGAGCUGCCCGAGGAGAUCGAGGAGCUGCGCGAGCUGCGCAUCCUGGCGCUCGACUUCAACAAACUCGAGCGCUUGCCCGACGGCCUGUGUCGCCUGCCGCGCCUCACGCGCCUCUACCUGGGCGGCAACCGGCUGCUGGCGCUGCCCGCCGACUUCGCGCAGCUGCAGAGCCUGCGCUGCCUCUGGAUCGAGGGCAACUUCCUGCGGCGCUUCCCGCGGCCGCUGCUGCGCCUGGUGGCGCUGCAGUCGCUGCAGAUGGGCGACAACCGGCUGCGCGCGCUGCCCGCCGAGCUGCCGCGCAUGACGGGCCUGCGCGGCCUCUGGCUCUACGGCAACCGCUUCGAGGAGUUCCCGCCCGCGCUGCUGCGCAUGGGCCGCCUGCACAUCCUCGACCUGGACCGCAACCGCCUGGGCGGCUUCCCCGACCUGCACCCGCUGCGCGCCCUGCGCGUCUUCUCCUACGACCACAACCCGGUCACUGGGCCCCCGCGCGUCGCCGACACCGUCUUCCUUGUGGGCGAGGGCGCGGUUGAGCGCAUGGCCGAGCGUGACGAGCCCACGCCCCGGCCGCCGCCCCGGCGCCCAGCUCGGGCUUUUGAGGAUGAGGAGGAAGAAGACCUACUCAUAGGGGGCGGGAGCUCCCGGGCUCUGGGGCCCCCCGGGGGCAGCCUCCCCGCCCUGGAAGCCGCCCCAGGACUGGGCACCUGAGCCUGUGCUCUGGGUGAUGGACUUCGGCCGUUCUGGGAGGAGGGCCUCCGGGAAGGACUGUGGGAACGGUGGUCCCCUACCUUGGGGCAGCGGAGGGACCGCUUUGGGCAAUCUGUAGGGGACGGGCAGGCCUGGGGGCCAUCUUCAAGUAUUCCUGUUUGGUAAGGAGACUGCCGCCUGGCUGAUCUCUGGGCAGUCCUCGGACGAAGUCCCGACUCAGUCAAGUUCCCUAUGGCUCUGUUGGGUCUCUGACAUCAGAGUCACUGACAGCACAGUAGAGAUGCUGGCUUCCUCUUGGAACCAGGGUCACCUCUCGCUGCUGGCUGAGUCUGGAUGCCCAGGCUGCCGCUCCAACCCCCCUCCUCCUGGAGUUUGGAUCUCCUAGACCCUACCCUUUCUGGUGCAGGAGCCGCUACCUCUGGGGUGGACCACACGCCUGUCCUGAGCCUUCCAGCUGUCAAGUUUGAAAAGAAGCCACUGUGCCUCUAGGGCCUCCUGCGCGGAAGAGAGAGGUCGUCUGCCCUGGGAGGCUGCUCCAGAACCUCUCCGACUGCCUGUACUCUCCAUUCCCUUAAAUGGGCACAGACAGGGUAGCUGGCACGGUGUGGGGCAAGGGACAAGCACUGUGUGCCUCCGCUCCGUCACCAGGGACAGCCUUGGGGUGAGGAGUGGGGUAUCGCUCUGCAAUUCCCAGGGCCAGAUCUUUCCCAUCCAAGCAAUAAUGGGAGGAGGGGGCCAGGGUCAGGGACACUCAGGGACACUGUCAGGGGCAGUGGCCCCAUGUGGUAGUGUUUUCUUUAGGAAGAAAAAAAAAACCUGGCUGUAAACAUAAAUUAUAUUUCUUGGAGAAAGAA